AUGUGGAACCCCAUUGCUGUUCUUGGAGCUCUCCAGCUCCUCGUGGGAGCUUGUGCAGCCGCAACUCAUGAACUCAACUGGAAUGUGACCUGGGUCAUGGCCAACCCCGAUGGCCUGAAGGAGCGCAAGGUCGUCGGCAUCAACAACCAAUGGCCCCUCCCAACUCUCAAAGUCAACAAGGGUGAUCGAGUUGUUGUUCACAUGCACAAUGGACUGGGGGACAAGAGCACAUCUAUUCAUUGGCACGGAAUGUACCAGAAUACGACAAAUGAUAUGGAUGGUCCCUCCAUGAUUACCCAAUGUCCUGUCGCUCUCGGAUUAGCUACGACCUACAACUUCACUGUCAACCAGAACGGCACAUACUGGUAUCACUGUCACACUGACUAUUGUUAUCCCGACGGUUACCGCGCUCCUUUUAUCGUUCAUGAUAAUUCAUCUUAUUUCUACGAUGACUACGAUGACGAGAUGACGAUUACCAUGAGUGACUGGUACCACAAGCUCGCUGAAGACAUAAAGCCCACAUUCAUGUCUUUAUACAACUCUACAGGUGCUGAGCCCAUCCCACAAUCCUUCUUGUUCAACAACUCGAUCAGCCAGAGCUAUCCUGUUGAGCCUGGAAAGACAUAUCUCAUUCGUCUCCUCAAUAUCGCUGCAUUUGUUGCCCAGUAUUUUUGGAUCGAGGAUCACACAAUGCGAAUUGUUGAGAUUGAUGGUGUUUAUGUCGAUGAGGCUGAAGCGGACAAAUUGUAUAUUGCUGUCGCUCAGAGAUACUGA